AUGGAGACAACAACACAAGACUUAAGUAACUUCACGCGCCCGGUGGGAUUCUACAUCAGAGGCUUCUACGCCAUGAAAAAUACUGAAUAUUACUUUAUAUUUCUGGCAGUUAUUUAUGUUCUGACUGUUGUGGCAAAUAUACUGCUGAUGCUUAUCAUUUGGUACUCAGAAACUCUCCACACACCAAAGUACAUGGCUGUUUUCAGCCUCGCUGUGGUAGAUGUCAGUUUAAGCUCCGCUCUGAUUCCGAAAGCAAUUCACAUGUAUCUGUUCGAUUCCAAAUUUGUUUAUUUUGACGCCUGCUUGGCGCAGCUGUUCUUUGUUGAUUACUUUGCAUCGAUGGAAGCGUUUGCGCUCUGUGUUUUAGCUUACGACAGACUCAUUGCUAUUUAUUUCCCAUUACGAAGCAAUACUUUGAACACAAACUGUAAAAUGAUGUUGGUCAUUAUUGUAUCUUGGUCAAUACCAUUUAUAAUAGAUGUGGUAAUGGUUGCACUGAUUCCACCCCUGGCAUAUUGCAAAUCAACAAUUGUCAACAGCUUCUUCUGUGAUCAUGGACCUGUGUUUAAAAUCGCUUGCGGUGAUUAUUCUCCAAAUUGGUUUAUGGCUAGUUUUACCACUGUGGCGUUAUACUUUGUUCCUUUUGGCUUUAUUGCUGUGACAUACUUGUUCAUCAUUUAUGCAAUUUUGAGAAUUGCAUCGUCUGAGGGAAGGUGGAAAGCGUUCAAAACAUGUAGUUCGCAUUUAAUCUUAGUUGCAAUAUUUUUUGUUCCUUUUUUCGUUACUUACAUUGUGGCUUGGGCUAAUGUUAACAUUGAUACGGACACCCGAAUAAUCAACACCUCUUUGUCCGCUUCAAUUCCUCCGCUUCUCAACCCGAUCAUCUACUCUCUAAAAACCGAGGAAAUAUUGGAGCAAAUUAAAAAGCACCUUAACCUGAAAAAAAACUGCACCCAGCAACUGAUCAGCCACCAUUGUUCACUCCAACUGCAAACUCCCCUUUAA